GAGAAAUGCAAUAACUGCUAGCCAUAAAUGCAGUCACCUACAUCCACCACCUUCCCCUUCUUCUCUCUCUCUUACCCCAUUUUUCCAUUCAACCCAAAGCCAGCCUUCAGUUUCUUCUUCCCUUUCUUUCUUGAGCUCACCACCCUCCCAUUUAAUAUUCCAUCUCUCUCUCUCUCUCUCCUCCUUGAACUCCACAGCCAGUAGUGUAGAGUGUAGACCCCCAAAACCUUACCAUAGACCGACCAUUCCUCCUUCCUGCAGCUGCUGUCCGCCAUUUCCAUUUCCCCCACCGCCCUCCACAGCACUUCACGUAAUUGUGCCAGAGUGAGAGCUGAAUUCCGCUUACCGCCAUGGAAACCCACUUCCGUCCUCCCUCUUUGGUUACUGGGUAGCUCUCUGUUCCUCUCGAUCUGAACUCCAAAUGGAGCAAGUUCCCUUCUUUUUUCUUUUGUCUCUCUGAGUCUGUAUAGUACCUACUGUUUGUUUAUAUGCCCCAGAGAAAGAAAGGCGAGGAAAAAAGGGGUAGAAUUGGGAAUGCUCUGCCUUGGCUAAUGGUUAGUUAGUUUGGAGUGUUUCACAUUCUCAAUUUGGGGCUCAUUCCUCAUGCUUCUCUUUCUAUGCAAGUAGCUCUAUCUGAAGAACCCUCCUUUGUUACUUCUUCAGUUUGAGUUGACCAUUGCCGGAGCAUUUAUUUUUACCGGUUCUCUUCAUUCUGCAGCCACAUGUUCCUUCAGUAUUCUAGUAGUGGAAUUCACUGCUCUCCUCUGGAAUUGUUUUCAGUCCGAAGUCUAAUGCUUUAGCUAGGCUGGGAAUUUACUGCAUUUGCCACUGGGCUAGAUGUAGUGACUCAUAAAUUGUGUGUUAUAGCAAGUUAAUCAGCUAUUCAGAGUUAAAGAUGGCAGCUUUAUACCUUUGCCAUUGGGUUCUAGUUGCUAGCUUCCUGGUUCUUUCCCACAGAUUGCAGUCAAUCUCGGCACUGGGCUCAAUGUCAUCAAUAGCCAUCUCCUACGGAGAAAACGGCCCUGUAUUCUGCGGCCUGAAAUCAGAUGGUUCCCAUUUGGUAACCUGCUACGGCUCAAACUCGGCAGUAAUCUAUGGAACUCCAGCUCACUUCCCCUUCAUUGGUCUAACCGCUGGCGACGGAUUUGUCUGUGGGCUGCUCAUGGAUUCCAACCAACCUUACUGCUGGGGAACUAGUGGGUACAUUCAAAUGGGUGUCCCUCAACCAAUGAUUAAGGAUGCUGAGUAUGUAGAAAUCAGUGCAGGAGAUUAUCAUUUGUGUGGUUUGAGGAAGCCAUUAACUGGCAGGCUUAGAAAUGACUCUAUCAUAGAUUGCUGGGGCUACAACAUGACCAAGAACCACGAAUUCGACGGUCCAGUGCAGUCGAUUUCUGCUGGCUCCGAGUUCAACUGUGGGCUGUUUGCUUUGAACAGGACGGUUUUUUGCUGGGGUGAUGAAACUAGUAGUAGAGUGAUUAGUUUGAUCCCCAAGGAAAUGAGGUUUAGAGAAGUUUCUGCUGGUGGGUAUCAUGUUUGUGGGAUUUUGGAAGGUGUUGAUUCGACCCCGUUUUGCUGGGGGAAGAGCUUGGACUUGGAGGGAGAGAUGGCGAUGGAGAUGAUGGAAAUGAAGAGUUCUUCUGGUGAGGUGAAUGUGGAUUUGGCUCCAAAAGAGCCUAUGGUUUCAGUUGUUGGGGGUAAGUUCCAUGCUUGUGGUAUCAAGAGUUAUGACCGUGGAGUCAUCUGCUGGGGGUUUGUUGUUAAGAGAAGCACACCCCCUCCAAGCGGCAUUAAAGUUUACGAGAUUGCAGCUGGGAAUUACUUCACUUGUGCAGUCCUCGCUGAAAAGGACCUCUCACCAGUUUGCUGGGGGCUUGGAUUCCCUACUUCUCUCCCACUAGCUGUCUCACCUGGACUGUGUAACACUGGUCCAUGUGCUUCUGGAACCUACGAGCUCAAUUCUUCCGAUAAUAUUAAUAACUUGCCUUGCAAGGCGCUUCCUUCGGCUUCUCAUGUAUGCUUACCUUGCACCAAUGGCUGCCCUCCUGAGAUGUAUGAAAAAUCUCAGUGCACAUCGAAAUCGGACCGACUAUGCGAGUACAACUGCUCAGCUUGCUACUCUACUGAAUGCUUCUCGGGCUGUUCAUCCGGGGAGAAGAAUAAAAAGGAGAAGAAGGAUGAGAGGGGCUGGUCGAUGCAGCUGCCUGUGAUUAUUGCAGAGGUUUCAUUUGCUGUGUUCUUGGCGGUCAUUGUGUCUGCCACUGCUGUUCUGUACGUUAGGUACAGGUUGAGGAACUGCCACUGCUCAUCAACUGCCACAACCUCUAACCCAAAGAAAAUCCAACAUGGGAGAGGAGGAGCCACUUCAUCAUCACCAAAAGGUCAGAGCUUAAACGCCAAAAUCAGACCAGAAAUAAGGAGAGCACAGACCUUCACUUACGAGGAGCUCAACAAGGCAACCAAUGGCUUCAAAGACGAAUCCUUAGUCGGCAAAGGCAGCUUCUCAUGCGUCUACAAGGGAGUCCUGAAAAAUGGCACCAUGGUAGCAGUGAAAAAGGCCAUCGUCUCUUCGGAACAGCAGAAGAACUCCAAAGAGUUCCACACGGAGCUCGAUCUCCUGUCAAGGCUGAACCAUGCUCAUCUGUUGAAUUUGUUGGGAUACUGCGAAGAAGAAGGCGAGAGGCUGCUUGUGUACGAGUUCAUGGCUCAUGGCUCAUUGCACCAGCACCUCCAUGGGAAGAGCAAAGGGUUGAGGGAGCAGAUGGAUUGGGUUAGGAGGGUGACCAUUGCUGUUCAGGCAGCAAGAGGGAUUGAGUACCUGCAUGGCUAUGCCUGCCCUCCUGUGAUCCACCGUGAUAUCAAGUCGUCGAACAUUCUGAUUGACGAGGAGCAUAAUGCAAGAGUGGCUGAUUUCGGGCUCUCGCUGCUUGGACCAGCUGAUAGUGGUUCUCCCCUGGCUGAGUUGCCUGCAGGUACAUUAGGAUACCUUGAUCCGGAGUACUAUAGGCUGCAUUACCUCACGACCAAGUCCGACGUCUACAGCUUUGGGGUUCUAUUGCUCGAGAUACUUAGUGGGAGAAAGGCCAUUGAUAUGCAGUUUGAGGAAGGCAACAUAGUCGAAUGGGCGGUGCCCUUGAUUAGAUCAGGAGACACCUCAUCUAUCCUAGACCCAAAUCUGAAGCCACCAUCUGACCUGGAAGCACUGAAGAGGAUAGCGAACGUUGCAUGCAAGUGCGUGAGGAUGAGAGGCAAGGAGAGGCCAUCAAUGGACAAAGUAACUACUGCAUUAGAACGUGCCCUAGCACAGUUGAUGGGUAGCCCAUGCUACGAGCAGCCGAUACUCCCCACAGAGGUGGUCCUAGGGAGCAGCCGGAUGCACAAGAAAUCUUCGCAGAGGUCAUCGAAUCGGUCUGGCUCAGAGGCAGCAACCGAGGUGGUGGUUGUGGCAGAAGGGGAGGACCAGAGGAUCGAGUUCAGAGCUCCGUCGUGGAUAACGUUCCCUAGUGUGACUUCCUCCCAGCGGAGGAAGUCGUCUGUGUCAGAGGCAGACGUCGAUGGGAAAGCUUCGGAAGCAAGAAAUGUUGUUUGUGGUGGGGGUGGGGAUGCUUUGAGGAGUUUGGAGGAAGAGAUUGGCCCUGCUUCUCCUCAAGAGAAUUUGUACCUACAGCAUAAUUUCUGAUGAUGGAAAAAAAAUGUACUGUUUCUCCUUUCUUUCUUUCUUUCUUUCCUUCAAUAGGAGUUUUCUGAAGAUGAAAUGAGUUUUGAAGAGAUGAAUCGGAGAAAUUGAAACAAAAUGGAGGAUGUAGAUGUAAAUUUUUCUCUGGUAUUCCAUUUCCAUGAAUAGUGUCAUUACAACAA